AUGGACACCUUGGAACCCGGGCAAGACCUGACCACCCAGUGUGUCAGCCAGGCUUACUCUGAUCGGCCUCCUUCCUUCCUGUCUCCUCAGGUGGAGGGUUCCGGUGAAGAGCAACUGUGUGCCGACUUCCCAGAGCUCGACCUCUCCCAGCUGGACGCCAGCGACUUUGACUCGGCCACCUGCUUUGGAGAACUGCAGUGGUGCCCAGAGAACUCGGAAACCGAACCCAGCCAGUACAGCCCCGACGACUCCGAGUUCUUCCAGAUCGACAGUGAGAAUGAGGCCCUCCUGGCAGCGCUCACCAAGACCCUGGACGACAUCCCCGAAGAUGACGUGGGUCUGGCCGUCUUCCCAGCCCUGGACGGUGGAGACACUCCAUCCUGCGCCUCAGCCUCACCUGCCCCCUUGUCUGCACCCCCCAGCCCUGCUCCCGAGAGGCCCCCAGCCUCAUCCCCUGAGGUGGAUGAACUGUCGCUGCUGCAAAAGCUCCUCCUCGCCACAUCCUACCCGGCCUCAAGCUCUGACACCCAGAAGGAAGGGAUCGCCUGGCGCCACGCAGGCCUCAGAUCCAAAAGUCAGCGGCCUUGUGUCAAGGUGGACAGCACCCAAGACAAGAGGGCCCCCGGGCCGCCGUCCCAGAGCCGGAGCUGUACAGAACUGCACAAGCACCUCACCUCCGUGCCAGCCUGCCCCCAGGCGAAAGCCUGCUCCCCAGAGAGGGGCCUGCGGCCCCCACCUCCACUGAGUCCCCGGCUCCCUGCCAAGGAAGACGAGGAACUGGCUGAGGACUGCCCGAGCCCCCGGCCAGCCCCAGCCUCUCCCAGAGACUCUCCAGCACCGGGCAGGGCAGGCCCCAGUGCCCAGGCUUCCCAGGAGGACAUGCAGGCAAUGGUGCAGCUCAUCCGCUACAUGCACACCUACUGCCUCCCCCAGAGAAAGCUGCCCCCGCAGACUCCAGAGCCAGCCCCCGAGCCCUGCGGCAGCCCCUCUAAGCAGGCCAGGCCCCGGCCCCGGUCCCAGCACCCCCCCAAAGCCUCCUUGUCUGAGUUCUCCAUCCUGAGGGAACUUCUAGCUCAAGAUGUACUCUGUGACGUCAGCAAGCCCUACCGCCUGGCCACACCAGUCUACGCCUCCCUCUCAUCCCGGCCAAAGCCCAGGCCCCCCAAAGACAGUCAGCCCUCCCCUGGCCGCUCAUCCCCUGUGGAGGAGGUGAGGAUUGCAGCUUCGCCCAAGAGCAGCGGGCCCAGACCCAGCCUGCGCCCACUGCGGCUAGAGGUGAAAGGGGACGUCAGCCGGUCUGCCAGGCGGCAGCAGGAAGAAGAGGAGGACGAGGAGGAGGAAGAAGAGGAAGAAGAGAAAGAGGAGGAGGAGGAGGAGGAUGAGGAGGAGGAGUGGGGCAGGAGAAGGCCAGGCCGAGGUCUGCCGUGGACCAAGCUGGGGAGGAAGCCGGAGAGCUCUGUGUGCCCCGUGCGGCGGUCUCGGAGACUGAACCCUGAGCUGGGCCCUUGGCUGGCAUUCACGGACGAGUCGCUGAUCUCCUCGGAGCCCCGAGGUGCUCUGGCCUUGCCGUGCCUGGCCCCCGAGGCCGACGACAUGGAAGGGGAGCUGGGCAGCCCCACGGACGAGGACAGUGGCCAAGGCCAGCAGCCCCUGCGGGGACCCCAGAUCCCAGCCCUGGAGAGCCCUUGUGAGAGUGGGUGUGGGGACACCGAUGAGGACCCCAGCUGCCCGCAGCUCCCUUCCAGAGACUCUCCCAGGUGCCUCAUGCUGGCCUUGUCACAAAGCAACCCUCCUUUUGGCAAGAAGAGCUUUGAGCAGACCUUGACCGUGGAACUCUGUGGCACGGCAGGACUCACCCCGCCCACCACGCCUCCGUACAAGCCCACAGAGGAGGACCCCUUUAAGCCGGACAUCAAGCACAACCCGGACAAAGACACAGCUCCCAGCCUCCCCUCCCCUGAGGGCCUUCAGCUCGGGACUGUGCCAGGGGUUGCCCAGAAGCUGCCAAGGAAGCACCCGGAGCGGAGCGAGCUCCUGUCCCACCUGCAGCUUGCCACAGCCCAGCCGGCCUCCCAGGCUGGCCAGAAGCGCCCCUUCUCCUGUUCCUUUGGAGACCACGACUACUGCCAGGUGCUCAAGCCAGAGGGCGCCCUGCAGAGGAAGGUGCUGAGGUCCUGGGAGCCGUCUGGGGUCCGCCUCGAGGACCGGCCCGAGCAGGGUGCCGGGCAGGCGGAGGUACAGGCCCCUGGCAGGGAGGAAGACAGCAGCUGUGACACUGGCACCCUCCCCAAGGACAGUGUGCUGCUGAAAGACCACGAGAUCCGCGCCAGCCUCACCAAGCACUUUGGGCUGCUUGAGACCGCCCUGGAGGAAGAAGACCUGGCCUCGUGCAAGAGCCCCGAAUAUGACACUGUCUUUGAGGACAGCAGCAGCAGCAGUGGGGAGGGCAGCUUCCUCCUAGAGGAGGAGGACGAGGCAGAGGAGGAGGAUGAAGACGACUCAGGGGUCAGUCCCCCUCGCUCCGACCACUGCCCCUACCAGAGCCCACCGAGCAAGGCCAGCCGGCAGCUCUGUUCCCGCAGCCGCUCCAGCUCUGGCUCUUCGUCCUGCCGCUCCUGGUCACCAGCCUCCCGAAGGAACAUCAGAUGUGAGAGCAGAGGGCCGUGCUCAGACGGAACCCCACGUGGCCGGCAUGCCAGGAAACGGCGGGAAAAGGCCAUUGGCGAAGGCCGCGUGGUGUAUGUUAGAAAUCUUUCCAACGACAUGAGCUCCCGAGAGCUGAAGAGGCGCUUCGAAGUGUUUGGCGAGAUCGUGGAGUGCCAGGUGCUGACGAGGAGUAAGAGAGGCGAGAAGUACGGCUUCAUCACCUACAGGUGUUCUGAGCACGCGGCCCUCUCCCUGAGGAACGGCGCCACCCUGAGGAAGCGCAACGAACCAUCCUUCCAGCUGAGCUAUGGAGGGCGGAGGCACUUCUGCUGGCCCAGAUACACCGACUACGAUUCCAAUUCAGAAGAGGCCCUUCCCGCCUCCGUGAAAAGCAAGUACGAAGCCAUGGAUUUUGACAGCUUACUGAAAGAGGCCCAGCAGAGCCUGCAUUGAUAACAGCCUUAACCUUCGAGGAAUACCUCAAUACCUCAGACAAGGCCCUUCCAAUAUGUUUACGUUUUCAAAGAAAUUGAAUAUACGAGAAGGAGUGAGCGAGCGAGCGUGCGAGCGAACACACGUGAGAGAGA